AUGGUAUACAGAGGAAAACCCAGUGCAGGGUGUGUCUCAUGUCGGGUUCGGCGUCUAAAGUGCGAUCGGCGUCAGCCAUCGUGCUCGCAAUGCCUUCGAAUCAAACGCGAAUGCUCCGGUUACCGAGACCUCAGGGCCCUGCGAAUUUAUGACCAGAGCGAGGAAGUCGUUGUGAAGGCCCGACCCCGGCAUUCUGUCGCCUCGAGGCCCUCAAAGCUGUCUUCCGCAGACCAGGCAAUACCAACGAACGGGCGACGUCGUAUAUCUUCACAUAUUACGUUGGCACCGGCCGAAGCCAGGGUCUACUUCCGUUUUUACCCGGGGGUGCUGCGAAAAGACCCAUCUCCAGCCCUCCAAGCCUCGAUUAAGGCUGUAGGGCUGGCAAGCAUGUCCAGGGUCCGCAUGUCGCAGGAUUUGAUCUGCUCAGCCCGUCAGGAAUAUAGUGCAGCCUUGCUCGCCACUAACAGCGCACUGCAAGACCCAACCCAAGCCAAGUCAGACUCCACCCUGGCGGCCGUGGUAUUGCUUAGCACGUAUGAGGUGAGGGACAUUCCUCGACCAAUUCUCUUUGACUGUUCUGCUUCUGACUUCUUCCAGGCCAUCAGCAACAUAUUCUAUAAAAGCAAAAGCUCACCAGAGAUAGCCAAAUUGUCGAAAGCGGCGAUGGCCUACCGCGAUAGCAAAUCUCGAGCGAUUGAAAAUUUUCUUGACAUCUUGGUGCGGGUGGGCGACCUCUCCGUUGAGAUCGACGACACUUACACCAAGAGACACUCUAUCGGUGAUCCGGCAGUCUUCAUCCGGAAGGCGCUCCAUUUAGACACUGAUCUUAUCUCUUGGGCCCUUUCUACCGACCCUACUUGGCGCUAUGAGAUUAUCGAGGCACCAGAGCACACAUAUCAUUCCACUUACAGUGACAAAUAUCAUGUAUACCCCACAGUUGGCGUCGCCUCCAUGUGGAACAACUACCGCCAAACACGCAUUAUCCUCCAUGAGAUCAUCAGAUCGAUGUGUAUGCGCAAACUGGAACUGGGUAAUUCGCCCGAGAGCCAACAGACGAUGCUACAGUCCAUCGUAAUCAACAAUCUUAUGGCGGAAGACAUUUGCGCUAGUGUGCCAUACCAUUUUACUUCGGGUGAGGUGGGAUUCGGGGGUGUGUUCCGGCUGCUUUGGCCAUUAUUCAUCGCGGCGGACUAUGCUGGGUCGACACCUAGAAUGAAACAUUGGGUCUUCCAAACACUUCGUACAAUUGGAAACACCAUGGGCAUCCAGCAGGCGCUCAUGAUGUCUCUGUUUGUGAAAGAAGGGCAUGCCUUGGAUUUAAUUCCGGGGGAGCCGUCAAGAAAGACAAAUCAAUCCGAACCAUGA